UCACAACACAAGGAUUUCUGGAUUCUCCAGCUACAAAAAAUAUUUCCUUAAUUUUGAUAUUUAUUAUCUUUUUCUAGUGUUUGGAUUGAUCAGCAAUUAAACUUUAAAGAGUAUCCCUAAAGAGAACAUGUCAGCUAAAUGGGUAUAUAACAACAACGACAAGAACGAAAGGCUUAGCUUCUUCAUUAGUAAGAUACUCAUUUCCAUCUAAGAAACACAGUCAUAAAACAGAGCUCAAAUGACAAAUGAAAUGGGUCGCAAAGAAACACAUUAUUUGCAGACUUUAAACUGUGAUUCGGUGGCCCAGCAAAAUAUGAAAAUGCGCCCAGUGUUGCUGAAGAGGAACAGUCUGGAUUCAGUCGAUUUUAUGAGACAGCCACACCACCGCAGAAGCAAAUCUCAGCAAGUUCGUUUCAAAGAUGAUGGUAUGAACACGAAGACAGCAGGUGUCACUGAACUGGGUACUAGUCCAGCCCAAGAUAUUUCAUUAGUGACCAGAAAUAGAGAAGUAGCUAGGCACCACAAUUUUUUGCUACAAUCUCCAUCUUUUCCCAAGGCUCAGAAGGGGCUUCAAAAUAUUGCCAUACAAACAUCCCCUAGCCUCAGGAAACACUUCCCUGUUUUCAGAAGAAAAAAACUGGCAGUAAGCAAAUCAUUAACAGAAAUGCCAACCGAGGCUGAAAAUUGCAUCCAAGCAAAUGGCAAUCUUUCUGAGCAAGACAUUAUGUCUUCAGACCUCUGUUAUUUAAGAAUAACCAAUCAUUUGGAAGAUGGAUUUAGGAAUAGUAAGGUAGACGGUCAGUUAAGUCAAAGACCAUCAGAAGCACAAAGAAACGGACCUAUCCAUACGGAUGAUUUCUCAGUAACAGAAAAGACAACUGUUUCUACACAGGUGCCUGAAUACAUUCAUGUGAAUUUUCCACAAAACAGCAAUACUUCCAUGGAUGCACCAGACACAACUGUGAAUUUAAGUAAUUCAUUGCAUUCUUCUACUAUCACAAAUAGCAAUGAGAACAAUGAAAAUAGCAUGCUGUCAUCUGAUUCUGAAAAAAUAAACCCUUGCCUAAGCCAUUCCGCUAAUUACAGUGAAUGUAAUCCUCAUUCUGACUCUUGCGAAGGAGACAAAAGUGACUCUGAGCUGCUUGUAGUCAGCACAGAUGCAAGCAGUCAGGAAACUACUCCAUUAUCACUUCCAUCAAACCACAGCAUAUCUCCUUGUUCCCUCAGAGACCAUCAACAGGCAGGAGAGCACAAAACAGGUUCCAGCUGUGUGACACUAACAAAUGAUGAUCACGCAGUAAUGUCAUUGACCAGCAGUAAUGCAUCAAAAUCUAUUUCUUCGUGCAAUACUGAAAUUGAGAAAAAUUCUACCCCGUCUGAUGUUUCACAGUGCAACAGCUGUUUAGAAGGAUUUCACAUAAAGUCUUAUCUGCCAAGGAAUGAAACAAACCCACAAACCAACAAAGAGAUCAGUGAAAUAAAUCAAAUUCAUCUGGCACAUGGUGAACUAUGUGCCCUACAAGGCAGGCUACAGUCUGUAGAGGAAUCCUUGCUGUCGAACCAGGAGAAGAUUAAAGUCCUUUUGAAUGUAAUUCAAGACCUUGAAAAAUCCAGAGCCCUCAGUGAAGGGCGCAACUUUUUUCACACUGGUCAAGACCUCAACAACUGCAGCACCUGUCAGAACACCGCGUGUAUCAUUUACAGUGUAGAAUAUGACUUCAGACAACAAGAAGGAAGAUUUCAUCAGAUUUUGAAAAGACUGGAACAUGAAGAACAAAAUCCAGCUUCAGCUUCACCUCCAAAGCUAUCAUCUGAUCAUCCAGUUCCCGAGAAAAAGGAAUUAGGAAGAAAAACAAAAAAGGUGAAAAAAAAAUGUUUCUGGUGGAUUUGACUUCCUUACAGAUCUUAAAUGGAAAAACUUUUUUUUAAUAUAUAUAUACAUUUCAAGAAGCACUGAAACAGAAAUAUGUUUGAGAGCACACACCUGAAAAUAUGGCUUUAUGAAUUCACAACACUAAAGAAUGUUUGUUCCAUAAAUAAGAACUGAAUUUACUUACAUCAUCUCACUGAAUAAAGACACAUGAAGAGACUAUUUUUGAAAAGGAAUUGUAAGAUUUUCUCUUCUUUUUUCUUUUUUUCCUUUUUUCCAAUUACACUUUCAUAUGCUGUAAUAAAGACUUUUUUUUUUAAAAGAAGUUUAAAUCUCAACUUUAAAAAGACAAUGUUAGUCAAACCUACAGUCUUCAUUUCCUAUUUAUAAGCAACGUGGACUAAAGGGAAAGAACUUUUAAGAUCUUUAAACAAACUGCAUAAUCAAGAACAAGUCCAGGGGAAUUUACCACAAUGAAGAAUUUCAGGUUGAAAUGUUAUUCUGUCCCUUUAUUGGUUCAUUUUAAAGGGCAAUCAUUUAGGAGUUUGUCAUUUAAUAGACUUCUCUGCAUAUAAUCUUAUAUAUAUAUAUAUAUAAAGAAAACAACUCACUAAUUCUAGUCUUAAUUCCCUUCUCAAAGGAGGUCCAAUUAGAUGCGUUUGAAUUUCAGGUAUCUUCAAAGAUGGAGAAUUCAAAACAUCCAAGGGCAACCUUUUCCAAAAUUUGACCACCUCCACAAUGAAAAUGUUUUUCCCAACAUUUGAUCAGAAUUUGAAUUUAUUACAUCUUGCCCUAUCCCAACACCCAAUACCUUCAGCAAGAACUAGACAGACUUCAAGACCUCUCGCUCUCCUAAGCUUUCACUUCCUGAAGACUGAACAAACCCAAUUUUUACAGCCUCUCUCCAGGUACCAUACACUGCAGCCCACAGUCUGAGCACCCUGGUGGUCUCCCUCUGGACCAUGCUCCAGUAUGUUGAUGCUGCACCCUGUGCCACUAUACAUUUAAGACCUGUACCACUAUAUCAAAAUAUUUUUAUUUAUUUAUUUUUUUUCCCGUUAAGAAGAGUAAAUGAGUUCACACUGGCCUACAAAAUGCAAAAUUGAUUGUAAAAAAUAAUAUUUGACAAAAUAAUCUGUACUGCAUAAAUUUUCUUAAAAGUGACUCUAGUUGAUUAGUUCAAAUGUUGCCAUGGUAUUCAAUGGAUUAACCCCUAGAUCCUCCUUUUUUAAAACAAACUGUAUUAGUUGUGCAAUAUUAGUUUAAAAUACCUACACUUUUUGUAUAUUUCUGUGUUCCACCAGUUCUUAGGGUUAGCUAGAUAUUUGAAGACACCAUUUGUCAGAAAAGACUAGAGAUGACAAAAACUGGUAAUCAUUUACAAGUCAGUAUGCUAUGUUGCUGGUCUUAAUUUCCCAAGGUUAUAAAGUGUGACAGUUUUUUUUUUUUUUUAAAAAAAAAUGUAAGUACAGUUAGUAUGGAAAUAACAGACACAAAAUUAUCAAAGGCUUUUAAGAAGGAAAGCUGUACAUGAAAUUUUACUAGCAAGAAGUAUGCCUUUAGUGAGCCAGAAAAGCUCUUCAAUAACAACUUCUGAAUAUAAUAGAGAUUAGAAUUAAAUUACAUAAGAGCAUGUCCUUACAUCACACUCAAAUACACAUAUCGCUUGGGCUGGCAUUCCAACAGCAUUCCUAUUUUGCAUUAGCGUAAUUGAUACACUGAAGGAUCUAUAGGUGUGCAAAGGUUUCUUGUGUAUUAAAAUAUCAUUUUAAGAUGAAUAUCCUUCUGGCACAAAGGCAUAAUAAUAAGUAAUACCAACAGGAGUAAUACUAACAAAAUCAGUAAUUAUUAUUUUUUCCUGUAGUGAGCUAAUUUUCAAUAACAUAUUAUUGUAUGAAAGACGUCUUUUUGUCUUUCUCCUUGUCAAAUAAUAAGCAUGAAAAAAAACAAAACUCAUUUUAAGCUACCUGAUUUUGUUUUGGCUUUCAUAAAUAUGAGGCCUUUAAUAAAGACAUCAAGAAAUCCAAAUUACUGAAUAGUAUUUUGGUUUGCUACAUAACACCAAUCAAUUUCUGUAGUCAGUAAAACUAUACAAGUAAGAAAAUAUCCUAUUUAAUUUAAGAAAGUCCAUCCAAAAGUUCUAAGUAAGGCUCUAUGGCUUUCUCAUAAUCUGAACAAACAGCAAUACUUCUGAAAAACUGAAAUAUACUUAUUUAAAUGGUUACUGUUUUUUAUAUUUUACUGUCUGAUCUUGGAAUUCAGAUCUGUACACAGUUGUUAAUCCUUAACGAAAAGAAUAUGAACGGAACUCCUCCAUCAUCUGGCUUACAGAGGCUUUGACUACCAGGAACAAAAUAAAUAAAUAAAUAAAAAAUACAGCUUAACCAAAAAUGAAGUAAAAGUAUGCCAGAAGUUAUUCAUACAAAAGAAUAAGUAUCAAAAUUUCACAAUAAAACCAAACAUACCAAAUGCAAGAAUUUUUUGUAGCCAGUCUUCUCCACAUUAUGUCACA